CAUAUGUUAAUAUAGGAUUGUGAUUGCCGGCAUGUCCCAAGUUAAGGAGGCGAUAGAUGUGUUGCUUCAGGAAGCCGAGGAGCUGUGCAUCGGCAGCAGUGUGGUCGAGCUCGACAAGAUUCCGACUGCCCUGGAGUUCUGCCGCGACUAUUACUCCAAAAACCAACCAGUGGUCAUUCGAAAGGCGCUCUCAUGGCCCGCAAUUGCGAAGUGGACACCGGAGUACCUUAUCCGUGCUCUAGGGGACAAGGACGUGGACGUGGCCAUCACCCCAAAUGGCUACGCUGAUGGUCUGGCCACUCAAAAAGGACAGGAGUACUUCGUUCUGCCACUGGAGACAAAGAUGAAGCUGUCUAAAUUAGUUCGCCACCUGGAUGACCGAUCAGGACCCGUCCAUUACAUCCAGAAGCAAAAUUCAAAUCUCAGUGUUGACAUGCCGGAACUAGCUGCUGAUUUGCGGUUAGGGGAUUUGGACUUUGCUGAGCAGUCCUUCAACAAACGUCCCGAUGCCGUCAACUUUUGGCUGGGCGACGAGCGCGCCGUAACCUCCAUGCACAAAGAUCCCUACGAAAACCUUUACUGCGUAAUGUCCGGUCACAAGGACUUUAUCCUUAUCCCGCCCCAUCAGCUCAGCUGUGUGCCCCGUGGAAUUUAUCCCACUGGCGUUUACAGAACCUCAGAAAAUGGCCAGUUCUACAUUGAACCCAUCCGAGAUGAGGAUGGCAUAGAGCAGCUAACCGAAUGGGUCAGUAUUGACCCUCUCGCACCUGACCUGGCUACAUAUCCGGAGUAUGCCCGAGCCAAGCCGCUAAAAGUGCGUGUUCACGCCGGAGAUAUCCUGUACCUGCCCAACUACUGGUUCCAUCAUGUAUCCCAGAGCCACAAGUGCAUUGCCGUGAACUUUUGGUACGACCUAGACUAUGAUAGUCGCUACUGCUACUACCGCAUGCUAGAGCAGAUGACAGCCAGCAGGAGUAACUAGUCACAAACAGGAGAUCCUGUUUCCUCAGGGAUUGUUACAGAAAUCAAAAACCAUCUUGUUAUACGUUG